UUUUGCACCCCUCCUUUUCUCCCUCCUUCGCUCCCUGAGGCAGCGGGGCCUGGGGCUGCGGCAGCGCACGGAGCCAGCGCAGCGGUUGUGACUGUUUCUCUUCUGUCGUCCGUGUGGAAAGUGCCACACACACUCCAGAACAACGACGGCUUUUGCUUGCAUUUUCCAGUGUUUCUUCUGUCAGCGUGUUCAGCAAAGUUGCAAUUCUUCAAGUGCCAGCCCUGAGCUGAGUGAGGARCCUGCAGCGGAGAUGGUAAAAAUGACAAAGUCAAAAACGUUCCARGCUUACCUGCCGAACUGUCACCGAACCUACAGCUGCAUCCACUGCAGAGCCCACCUAGCCAAUCACGAUGAAUUGAUCUCUAAGUCCUUUCAGGGAAGCCAGGGAAGAGCCUACCUCUUUAAUUCUGUGGUAAAUGUGGGCUGUGGUCCAGCAGAGGAGAGAGUCCUCCUGACAGGUUUACAUGCUGUAGCAGAUAUCUAUUGUGAAAACUGUAAAACCACUCUUGGAUGGAAAUAUGAACAUGCUUUUGAGAGCAGCCAGAAAUACAAAGAAGGAAAAUUUAUCAUUGAACUUGCCCACAUGAUAAAAGACAAUGGCUGGGAGUGAAUCGCACCGUUUCCCCUUCAGUUUGGACAAUACUCUGUGGAACAUGCUUUAUAUAAAGACUAACGCAAAGUAAAGGAAGAUCUUGGCUAAAGUGGCCCUGAGAAUAUCACUGAACUCUGAAACCUCACAAAUGAGUAGUGUAGUGUAAGUGGCUAUUUCAGGCCAUGUUUGCCUUCUCUCCUUGUGUAAGUUCCCUCUUUUUUGUAUGUGUAUUAUUGUGUGAACGGUUGUUUUGGAACAUUUUGGAUGACCUUUUUCUAAACUCUCUCAAACUUAGAGAAACAGUUCACUAAUUGCAAACAGAUUUUACUGGUUAGCAUCUAUCUCUGACCUAUGCCUUUAAUGCUACCUUCUGCUGUGCAUGCUUCUUGCCUAAACACCUACACUCCAAUCCUGUAGAAGUUCUGUAUCUGAGCAGUCCUAAAGAAUGUAUAGGAUGGGGUGCUUUUUUUAUAUGUAGCAAUUUCUGAUGUAUUUGGCAGUGAAAGGGAUGCAGUAUUGUAAUUAUUCAUUUCUUUUUUAAAAAAUUUGUGUACCACAACCUGUGUACAUCUUGUAGGUGAGUUGGUUAAAGGUACAGUGCUCACUUUAAAAACAUUUCAAUUGCACUGACUGAAAUUAGCAGAARUUUCGUUAGGAAGGGAUGUGUUGAUGGCUUGGUAUCUUAGUGAAAUAUCUUAGGUGGAUUUUAAAUCAAUAAUGCUGUAGAAUACAUUCAGUUAAGACCAAAACAUUACCUAUGGAGUUAGCUGGAUAUGGGAGAAACCUAUAAAAAUAUAGCUUGCGAGAUCAAAUGGCACRAAAUUAUAUGCAUCUUCUAUUUUGGAGAAAAAAAACUAGUCGGUGUAUUUAAAUAAAGAAGUUUUGGUACUGUACCUUUGCCAGUAACAGGGACUUGUGCAUUGGUAAAGUUUUAUGGCUGGUUCCAUGUAGCUGUAUAGCCCUAAUGCACUGGACAAAGAGGUUGAUAUCAAAAAAAACUUGUUGAAGUAUUCUGCUUUUGCUAUAUUUGAACAAAAAUGUUUAUUUUUGUGAGAAAUGGCCAGAGCCUAUGAGAUGAAAAUUAAUGUAGUAUCUGUAGGAAAAUAAAAAGCGGGGAGGAUAAUAAAAGAGGAGAGAGGUUUGAUCCUUUUUUCAUAAAAUAGAAAGCAAGGUAGUUUUUAAAACAUGGGGGAAGAAGGAGUUUCUUGGUUUGCUGGCUAAAUCACCCCCAAGAAAUUUUUAUAUAAGAUUUAUAUGAAACUCCCCUUUUGUUCUCCCAUUGUUUCUUAACUGGAAUGACUAAAGAGRGAAACUUCUGGGAAGUGCAUGCACAGUAUUAACCGCUGGUAGCAGUGCACGCACAGUCUCAGCAGCUUGGAAAGAAAUGCGCUGCGUAAAUUUGCUAACGUUAUUUUCAAAUUAAACAGUCUCUGAAGACCUUUUGUAUUUUAAUCCUUUUAAUGCUUGAGGACAACGUGCUUGUGGAAAACCUUUAACACUACAGAAGUACUAUAACUGAAUCCUAUGGAAGCCUUGCAAUGCAAAAUCAUUUUCUUUCAAUACCGCUUCUAAUACAGCGCCUAGGGAGCUUAGUCACAGGUGCUGCUGCUGCUGCUGUUUUGCUUAUGGGAAUCUCUGAUAGGCUUUCUGAACUCUUCUGCACUUUAGAAAUUGUCAUACAUUAAAAAUGAUGCCAACGGGUAGGGGCAAUAUACAGAUGUUGGAGACCAGCUUUCCAGUGUCCUGUGGAGGCAGGAGGGAGCUGUGCCAGUGUGAGCACUCGUCUGCAACACGGGCUGGCUCAGCUGCGUUCAGGACGUUGCCAGGAUCUAUGUCUACGAAAUAAAAAUCUACAAAUUAGAGAAGUAGCUGAAACUGUUGGCUUUCAGUCCAGGGAGUUGGGGUGCUACAGUUGUGUUCAAUACAGAUUCUGUGGCUUGCAUGGCUUGCAGGGCAGAUCAGGCUUCAAAGUCUCCUUCUGCACCGUGGCUUUGCUGCGGGACGCGCUUGGCGCUGCCUGUGUCCCGGGCUUUCCCAACCUGGAGCCCUCGGGAUUUUAUCUUCCCAGGUAGUAACUCGUGCUGCCGACACGGAGAGCACUAACAGGACUGCCGGCUGAAAGCUGCUCUUGGCUUCCAAGGCCAGUUGGGAUCUUAAUACUUCAACAGGCUUGUAUGAAGCUUGUGCAUCCCAGGGCUUUUCCUGUUUCCUGACUUGCUGAAGCACUGGACUGAAGGCAAAAGUACUAGGUGCUUUGCAAUAGASAGUUGAAAUUAAUUAGAAUAUGUAAAAUAUUAAAGAUUUUUCUCUAUAGAAUUGUGGGUUUGGCUAUCCUGUUAGUAAGUUAAUGCUGCCUGUAAUACACUCUGAUUCUUAUUGAGAAAUUCAACCUCUUUUUUCAGUGCAUUACUUGUAUUUCAUACUGGACAUUUUCACCAAAACCUUAAUUAACUUUGAUGCCAAAGCUUGGGACUUCAUCAAGUGCUUAGCACAUAGAACUUCAGACUAUGGCAUGAGGAGUUAAUCAUCUCUGUGUGAUAUUUAUGGCUUUUAAGAGAACCAAACAAAGCAAUAUUCWCCUUGGUCUUUUAAGAGUGCAAGUUUAGGAGGAGUAAGGAGUAGAACUAAUACAGAACAGCUCUUACGUGCUCCCAAGUAACAACCCUUUAGGCUCAUCCUGCUGAGCGAGUGCAGGAAUCUUUUCCUCUAGUGCUUGGCAGCAUCCACGAUUAUUUUCUCCCCUUGYGAAGAUUCAGAGAGCUCUUUUUCUGGGUUUUGGUGAAAGUAGAAUCCAGAUMGCGAUGGCUGCUGGCGGAUGUGAAGGGGUCAGUCUGGUCACUGACUGCUCCAGCAGGCGUUUGAAAGAAAAAUAAUCUUACUUGAAAAAAAAAUUUUACUAAAGCAUUUUCCCUCUAACCAAUUUUUUGUAAUAUAUUAAAGAUUAUAUUUAAAGUUUGUAUGUGUUUUGCUCUGGGCAAGUUUACUUCCCCUUCAACUUGAGCACUUUUGUUACUUGUACUGGUUAUUUUUAUUGUUGGUCUUAACAUUUAUUUUGUAUUUUGUUUUUUACAAACUGUAACAAAAAGCUUUUGUGAACCUUCGUUUCUUGCUGGCUCUUUCUUGGACCAAAUGAACUGACUAUGAGCUGGCUUAGAAGAAAUGUUCAUUGGGAUGCAUAGGAAUUUGCUAGCAAAAAUGUACAUGUAUUGAAAGGGUUUUUUUUUCCUCUGAACCUCUAAAGCCGCGCCUGUUCUCAAGUAAUGAAACAUAACUCGAUGUGACUUCUGUAAUCUGACAUAUUCUCUGUCCAAGUGCAGAACAGUGGCUGUAACCUAGGUAGGUGUCCCRGGAUAGUGUGUGCCUCCAAACACUAGACCUAGUUCUUUGGCUCAUCCCUCUAAACACCUCUUUAAGUAACCAAAGGCAGUGCUGCCAUCGAUAAAAAUCCCAUCACGUUGCAGACCUUACUGGGGGGCAGCUGCAGAACUGGGCAGGGGUUGCUCGCACACCAGCCUGGCCUCGGCAGCUUUACCUGCCCAUAGAAAGGGUCAGCAUGUGAAUUUUUCUCAUCCAUUGCAAGGUAUGCAAGGGUGAGCUGUGUUCAUUAAAUUUA